CACCAGCCGCUCCCGGAAAGGGCAACGGGAAGCCUAGAAAGCUGUUUGAGUCACUGCUACUCUAGCUUAAUUUUUACCGUUAUUUAGUUUUUGAAACAGAAAAAACUUCUUUAGUCUUGCCAUUAAGUGGCAGAAUUUUGCAGCCGUUUUUUUCAGUUACUGCUUAGAGUUUAUGUGCUGGGUCUGGUAGCUACUUAUGAAAGCAAACUAGAGCGCCGCGGAGGGUCAAGAAUUUGAACUGGACUCAACUUAAGAUCUGUAUACUCUUUGAGAUAAUGCGCAGUGAUUAAAAAACCCCUUUUCACUGAGAGAAGAAACAGCAAGUGGUGAAGUCAAGAAAUGGCUCAAGGAACAGUGAGCAGAAUGAAUACAUCCCUGGAGCAGAGUGGCUGCUGCAGUAGUAGAGAGACACUUCUGAGGUGCAGUGAUGCCAGGAGGGAGCUGGAGCUCGCGAUUGGUGGAGUCCUCCGGGCCGAGCAGCAAAUGAAAGAUAAUCUACGAGAGGUGAAAGCUCAGAUUCACAGCUGCAUUAGUCGCCACCUGGAAUGCCUUCGCAGCCGCGAGGUGUGGCUCAACGAGCAGGUGGAUCUCAUCUAUCAGCUGAAGGAGGAGACGCUGCAGCAGCAGGCUCAGCAGCUGUACUGGCUAAUGGGCCAAUUCAAUUGUCUUAUUCAUCAACUGGAGUAUACCCAGAACAAGGAUCUUGCCAAUCAAGUCGCUCUGUGCUUGGAGAGACUGGGCAGUUUGACCCUUAAGCCUGAAGAUUCUACUGUCCUGCUCUUUGAAGCAGAUACAUCUGCCCUGCGUCAGACCAUCACCACGUUUGGGUCCCUCAAGACCAUUCAAAUUCCUGAGCACCUGAUGGCUCAUCCUAGUUCUUCAAGUGUCAGGCCUUUCCUGGAGAAAAGAGGUUAUACCCAGGUGCCAGAGCAGAAGUCAGCAUCCAGCGGCACAGCUGUUUCUCUCAGUGAAUGGCUUCUUGUAAGCAAACCUGCCAUUGGUCCUCAGGCUCCAUACGUACCCAGUACCAACCCACAGGACUGGCUCACCCCAAAACAGACCUUGGAGAAUAGUCAGACUUCUGCCAGAAUCUGCAGCGAUGCCUGGGGCAAUCUGAAGGGCUUAGAAAACUGGCUCCUUAACAGUCAGCAACAAGAAAUUCCUGGAAAACCAAGUUCCUCAAAAUGUAAUAGCCACUGUAGCACCAGUUCUUUCUCUACUGAAGAUGAGAAGGUUGAAGAUGUAGCGGUCCUUGAUCAAGACGAGCUGGACCUGUCCGAUUGGUUGGUGACUCCUCAGGAACCCCGUGACCUGGAGAAGCCUGUGAAUGGCCGCUCUGACACCAGUGAGAAGUUUAAACUCUUGUUCCAGGUGUUCAGAGAGCCCUACAAUGUGAAUGAUUGGCUUGUCAAGCCUGACUCCUGUACCAACUGUCAGGGUAACCAGCCCAGAGGUGUGGAGAUUGAGAACCUGGGCAAUCUGAAAUGCCUCAAUGACCACUUGGAGGCUAAGAAGUCAUUGCCAGUCCCCGGCGUAAUCACCGAGGGCUGGCUUGUCCAGAACCAUCAGGACACAUGUAAAGUAGAGGAAGUCUGCAAAGCCAACGAGCCCUGCACCAGCUUUGCAGAGUGUGUGUGUGAUGACAGCUGUGAGAAGGAAGCGAUGCAUAAGUGGCUUCUGAGGAAAGAAGGGAAGGACAAGAAUGGAAUGCCUGUGGGACCCAAAUCUGAGUCUGAGAAACACAGAGAGUCCCUGUCUCUGUGGCUUUGCCCUUCUAGAAAUGAGCUAACAGAACACGCUAAGACACCCAAGACUACGGCUCCUGCUAGAAUUGCUGACUCCUUCCACAUCAUAAGGAAUAGCUCCUUGUCAGAGUGGCUUAUUGGGCCUACAUGCAAAGGAGGAGGCCCCAAGGAAGUGCCCAGUAUGGAGGAGAGAGCUAGCAAAGAAAUGCUUAAAAGCCCCAUGGCCACUUACUGGCGUCCUUUUAACACUGCUGACUGGGUCUUACCAGGAAAGAAAGUGGGAAACCUUAGCCAGUUCUCCUCGGGAGAAGAUAAGUGGCUACUUCGAAAGAAGGCACAGGAAGUAUUUCUUAAUUCACCCCUACAAGAAGAACGUAACUUUCGCUCAGAUUGUUACGGCCUCCCGGCAGUUUGUGAUCUCUUUGCCUGUAUGCAGCUUAAAGUUGAUAAGGACAAAUGGCUGUACAGAGCCCCUCUUCAGAUGUGAAGAGUGGAUACUAGAGUGGAGCAUCUUCCCUGCAGAUUCUCGCACAUCGUGAGCUGAGUGACCGUGACCUGCCAACCAUUGUGCAUUCCAGGCCUGACUAGUCGGCUUAGUUCCUCUCCUGCUUAGUUUUGAACUAGUAAACAGAAAUCAUAAACUGAGUUAAGUCUGUGAGUUGAGGCUUGAAGUGAAGGUGAUUAUUCUUAUGGAAGCAGUAACUUGAUUGACUCCCAUAGUAGAAAUCGCAUCCUGGUCCACAGGCCUUUACAGCUUCUGUAACAAACACUAGUUUUAAAAGUGAAAUAUUUCUACAUCAAGUGUGUUAAUGUGUUCAAGGUAGUAAAGCUCUCUAGCUUUCGUCCUUUAGCUGUCUCUCCUGUCACUGGCUCCUAGUGAUUUGGAAUUUUUUUUUUUUUUUUUUUUGGUUCAGUUGAUAUAUAGAAUAUUUCACACAAAUAAUUAACCUUGCCAAUACAGUAUAUUUUUCCCUACUGAAUGUCUAUUAGUUACAUUGCAAUUUUGAUACUCACCAGAUAUUUAGCCUACAUGUCAUUUCUAACAUUUCUCUUUGAAAAGAAAAGUUGCCUUUAUUUCUUCCCAAGUAUCCAGUAAGCUCUUUGAAAGGACUUACCGUUUCAGGACCACUCUUAGGGCAAUCAGAGCCCCCUAAAGUCCUACAAACCUUGGCUUUAACUAAGGAGCCCUAGGCCAACUAAAGCAGAAGUAAAAUGUGCUAGGAAUGAAUGUAGUACCUGAACUACUCAUCGUCCUAAGGAUUUAUUGGUGCGUCCUGUGGAAGUGGAAGCUGAGCUUGACACCUGGUGCUCUUAACUAGGGAUACAGUCCAUGUCCUGUCACUUCAAGCACAGCAUCCUGAACCUCCAAAAGUACAGUGCAGUGACGUCUUGAUUAACAGGCUGUGCUCAAUACUUGUGCCUUGGAGUGUUUCCCUGAAACUUCACAGAACUGACAUCCUUGGGUUAUGUCUGUAUUUUAGAAAGGAGAGUAGCAGGAUUGAUCUUUUACAAUUCUUCAGGAUAGCAGCUGCUUUCUAAGCUUUGAACUAUUAAUAUUAAGCCUCUGAAUUGCCUAUGCUAUUGGAAGUACUUUUGGGAGAAUUUUAUGGUUCUUCCCACAGUGACAUUACCAUAGAGCUUUACUAAAGCUCCAAAUCAUAGCUGAAAAGAGCUCCAUAUUUUCUUACGUCCCCCCCAGAUGCCACUGAGUAUUAAAACGUUGGUAGGUAAAAACAAUUUUAAGGAGCCUUUCCAACAUUUUAGGUUGCGGGGAACUUUGUGGUUUCUUUUUUGAGGUCUAACACACUGUAUUUCACAUUAUUAAAACAUAAUUUUAAGUUAAUCACUAUUGCUAAUGUUAUAUAAAACUUUCUUUUGCAUUGAUAAGUUUUAUAUCUCCAUUAAAAGCAUAAUUGCCACAUCACA